AUGCCAGUUACAAAAUCCUUAUCCAAGUUGCAAAGGAACUUUUCUAAGAAGGGAAAAAACACCACAGUCCAUCCAAAGGGUAGGAAAUAUGAAAAGCUGGUCAGGGCCACCAUGCGUGAAGAUAAGAUCGCCGUCAAAAAGAGGCUUCAUCAGGAUAAGAAAAUCCACGAACUAUCCCGAGUAAAGUUUAUGCAAGACGUUGUCAAUUCCAAGACAUUUAAGGAGCAGCCAAUAUUUGACCACGCUCACACAAGAGAAUUCAUCCAGAGUUUUAUCGAAAGGGAUGAUGCAGAAUUAAACGAGCUGAAAACGAAAAGAAGAUCAAAUAGACCACCAAGCAAUAGACAAGUCUCACUUCAACAUAGGAGGGACCAAGAAUUAAGAGAGUUCAGUGCGGGGUUUCUUUGUCCAGAUUUGAGUGAUGCAAAAAACAUGGAAUUUUUGAGAAACUGGAAUGGUACUUUUGGUCUUUUGAACAUCUUAAGAUUGAUUAGAAUUGACGAUAAGGGUGAACAAGUGUUGGGGGGCAAUGAAUAA